AUGCCUCAGAUGGUUGCGGAAUUGGUGUCCGUUGAAGGAACUUGGGAACGUGAGAUCAUUCAAAUGUGUUUUACUAUUGAUGAAGCACAGAUCAUUCUGAGCAUGCCUUUGAGUCAUUUUGGGUGUGCUGAUCAUGUCAUUUGGCAUUAUACCCGUAAUGGAGUCUAUUCGGUGAAAUCCGGAUAUUUGGUAGCCCAAGAGAUGAAUAGGAAUGGUGAACUAGGGCGGAAAGGGGGUGGGCAAACUAGUACGAAUGAUACUAUGGCCUCGGUACGGCGAGAUCUUUGGAGUUUGAAGGUUCCUCCUAAACUCUGCCAUUUCAUAUGGCGAAGAUGUCAGAAUAUCCUUGCUGUCCGUACUAAUUUGCAAAGGAAAGGGGUUAGAUUGAGUACUGGUUGCCCGUUUUGUGAUUGUGAGGAGGAAACACAGUUGGAGGAGGCUUGUACGUUUAUGCGCUGGGUGGUGUAUGGUUUAUGGCGAAUUUCGAAGUGCCGUAAUAGUGUGGUGUUUGAGAAGGUUGUGGUGGAACCCAAUGUUGCGCUACAGUUACUUCGGCAUCAAUGGAAGGAGAUUGUGAAGAGUGAUAAAGAUUUGUUCUUUGACAAUAGUUCUGGGUGCAUUGGGGACGGCACGAUUGCGAAUGGGUGGUUAAAGCCUCCGUUUGGGACGAUAAAAAUAAAUUGUGAUAGUGCCUGGUGCAAUCGUACUAGUGUGGGAGGAUAUGGGUGGGUCGCUAGAGAUUUUGCAGGUAUAUUUAAAGGUGCCGGCGGUGUGGGGAAGGUGUUCUGCGUUUCCAACUUUAUGGCGGAAGCAGAAGCUCUUUGGAUGGCUGUAAUGGCUACAGUGGACAGGGGUUUUACUGUUGUUCAUGUGGAAACGGAUUCCAAGGUUCUUGUGGAUAUGGUUCAUGGGAAACUGCAACUUGAUGCAACUAUGGAAGCUAUUUUGUGGGAUAUUAAUCUUAUUAAGCAACAAUUAUGUUCUAUUGAGGUUAGUUACACUCCUCGUGCCUAUAAUAAGGCUGCGCAUCUUGUGGUAUCUUAUGUCACGCGUAUGGUGAAGGAAUUGUGA